CUACAAACCAUCCACUCAUCAACAACUUAUGAACACUUUUAAUCCCUAAUCUCUCAACCUAAUCCCCUAUCCCCCAUACGAACCAAAAUGAGCAAACAACCCACCGCCACCCCCUCCAGCGACACCGCCUUCCGCAAAACCUGGGAUCGCGAAGAAUAUGCCAAAAAAGCCGCCGACGACGAAACCCGCCGCAAAGAAGAAGGCAAAGCGCGCUACGAAGCCAAACUCCUCGGCAAAAAAUGGCACGCCCCAGUCGACUACUCCACCCUAGAAGCCACAACCUCGCGCAAGAACCGUCUCGAUGUCGCCUCGAUGGUUGGCAAGACGACGAUUGUGCCCAGUGGUUCGGCGGUGGGCAAACGGGGUCGCGGGGCGGGGUUUUACUGCGCGGACUGUGAUCUUACGUUCAAGGAUAAUUUGCAGCUCGUGGAGCAUUUGAAUAGUAAGCAGCAUUUGGUUGCGACGGGGCAGAGUGGGGAGGUUGUGCAGGCGGGUGUGGAGGAUGUGAGGUUGAGGUUAAGGAUGUUGGCGCAUCAGAGGAGGGUUAGGGAUGAGGAGGAUAGGCGUGUUUGGCAGUUGGAUUUGGGGGAGAGGUUGAAGGAGAGGGAGGAACAGGAUGCUAAGGAGCGAGAGGAGAAGAGGCGCAAGCGAAAUGAGAAGCGUCGGAAGGGUGGUGAUGGUAUCAAGCAGGAGGAAGAGAGCUGGGAAGGGCGACUGGGAAUCAUCGCAUAAUCCAUUACGGGUGUUUGGGGUUCAUUUUUCAUUCGACGAAUUGUAUAUCCAUGGCAUGUUUGGCAUAUCUUUUAACGGCGUUCUGGGCUUGGAUCAAGGUACGAGAAUUGAAAGGGUCGCUUAUAAGCUCCAUUGGUAAGAUUGGUUCGAAAUAUGUACCACUGAUUAACAUCAAGAAUAGAAACAAAGCAUAUAUGAUUCUUAAAACGCC